GAAUGUACCCAUUUAAGCCUAAUUUUAGAGUGGCUUAUUGUUUGAAAUUGUCCGGAAAUUGGGUGUUGCUGUACAUGAAAAUGAUAAAAGUAGCAAAAUGACCGCUUAAAAUGCGAAAGUUGCGCACAACUGAGUCUAUCCUUAUCGCUAUAGAAAACUUAUCCUGAAGGAUUAUAUGCUUCUGGUUCAUCACACAGCGACAGACAUACAAAGAUACUAAUACACUAUAAGAACUCCGACAAAUGAGAAAUUUUGAGAAAUGGCAGGUAGGAAGGGAGCAAGACAUAAAAAAUGUUUUCAACAUGCUUUAUUUUUACGAUUUUAGGGGCGAAAGCGUUCGAGAAGUUAAAACUGUUUGAGCUGGUGAUCACUUGGUGUGAUCAAGGAUUAGCAGUAUCCUUUUACUCUUUACAUUCUUCCAUAGCUGAAAAAUGGUUUAUUUUCGCAACUUGUUGUAUACAUUUCCGUUACGAUUUGUCUACCAUUUUUCUUGACUAACGGUUCAGUGCUUAUUUGAGGGCGGUGCUUAGUUAUCUAAACUUCUUCAGUACGAAUUACACAACAGUACGCGAUAUUUUUCUCUAUUUCUUUGUCUGUUCAAAAGCGACCACAAAAGCACAGAAAAAGUGGAAUUUCUAAUAAAAGUUAGUUUUUAAAAGGUUUGUGUAGCAAUAACAGUGUCAACAAUAUUAGUCUUGUUAGCGUUUCAAUAUUAACAAGAGAGGAUUAUCCCCUCUUUAUAACCAUGUUGCAGGAAAAAUUCUGCGUACAGUCAAACCUAUAUAUAACUUUCAGCCUUGAGAAAUGGGUGACCGCUAUAUAUAUAUAUAUAUAUAUAUAUAUAUAUAGGUUUCCUUUAAAUUCAACUGGAUAUUGAGUUCGUUCAACGCUUGUAGGUCCCCCAUUCGAUUGCCAUGAAAAGGUUAACUGAUUCGACGAUUUUGCUAGCAUUCAUUUUUCCGUCUACUUUGGAGCACACAUCUUGAAUUUUAUCCUUUAUUUGAUCGUAAUCCAAUUUGUGGACCGUUAUAAAAAGGUAAAAAAUAUAAUCGAAUUGUGUUUGGGAGUCUAAAGGGUGACCGCAUCCGUUAUAGAGAGGAGACCGUUUUAAACAGAUCAACUUACAGAACAUAUAUGACAAUAUAUUCGGAGAGUUGUCCAGUAGUCGUAGUAUACUGGGUGACCGCUAUAUACAGGGCCUCUAUAUGCAGGUUUGACCGUAUUUUUUUUGUUUUUAACUUUAGGCUGCUCAUAAGGGGUAACGCUCUUAUAGUUAUAUUCAACCUAUGGCAAGUAUACUUUACUUCAACUUAAUUUCGAAAUUACUAUUUACACCUUAACAAUUUUGAAGAUCGACGAAGAAAACACCACGUUGCUUGAACUAAGGAAAAAAGCGACGAGUAGAAGAGCCGUGGAAAACGAGGUAUUUUUUUUUAUUUCUAUAAAAUAGCAUUUUGAAUUGUUUUGAUUAAGCGGUCGAAGUGACCUUUGAUAUUACUGAUAUUACAUGGUUGAUUCUAAUAGAAGAGAUUCAACAGCCGAAUACCACUAUUUGUUCCUUUUUGGCGGAGGUUAAUUUACAGUGAAUGGUUAGUUCGUCUUUCUUGCAUCGAAUUAAUUUCGAUUCAACCGAUGAUGGAGCUUGCAAAAGUCACAUAUGAUAUUUCAAGGGUUUGAGCUAUUGAUCGAAGUUAAUGUCUUUUUUACAGAAUUGCCCAGUUAAAGUAAAUAUUAGUUCAUAACUAUUAGAAAAAAAAAACAGUGACCGAACAAUAAUUUUCUUAAAGAAACUUUGGGCGCUUUCUCUUCAACCAAAAUGUCCACUUUGAAUUUUCGGCAACUUCCAGUAGCAAACGGAAUAGUAUUUUUCAAAACUUCCAAAACCGAGGGACAACCUCGCGAGGUAUACCCAAAUUUUCGAAAAAUUUUUAACGGAAGAUUUCUUUCCAUUCAUUUUUGCUCCCGGGAUUUCCAGGUAGAAUUUUUGGUUGAAUGGUUCCCAUUUCGGACUGAUUCAACAGCUUCCGGUAUUUCCAGAAACUUUUCCGGAAAAUCUCUAUACCAUUUGCCGCUGUUUCCAAAUUUUCGAAAGUUUUGGCUGAAUAUAAAACGCCCUUUGAUUCUCUGUACGAUAAAUUUUAAAGCCGCGAAAAUAAAUGGACUUUUGGCUUACUUCGUGAGCCGCCAAAGUCAAGGCGGAUUGGUCAAAUAUCAGCUCUUGUAGAUUUAUCCGCUUAAGAAAUAAAGUUCAUUGGUAAUACUUCUAUACUUGAGUAUAUAUACUCUAGAAACUUGCUGUCGAAGCUAUAUUAUGAGCUAAUUUAUUUCAAAGCCACAAUCUGGCUCAAGCGAGUAAUAGCAGGAGUUUGUAUUGCUGGGGAUUUGGCUGUGUUAGCAGGGGUCGUCCGAAAUAUCGAGGUAUCCGCAAGAGGAGAGUUGAUUGCCACAAAAAUCUUGCGGGCUAUUUUCUUCCUCAGAAAGGGUAUAACUUUACAUUAAAAACAUCUUCUAUACCAUAACUUGCUUCAAAAGAGGGUUUGUUUUACAUUUUUUUCUAGGCAUGCCCAGGAAGUAAAGGCAAACAUGGAAAACCCGAACAAACUUCCAUAACAAAUUGGUUGUACAGUAAUUACCUUGGAGAAAAAGCCUUUAAACGCGGUGAUUUUAAAAUAGCCCGGGAUUACUUCGAGAUGACUUUGAAUGAAGCCAGAGAGAUCAGGAAUAAAAACCCAGAAACAGUUAGCCUUGGCAACCUUGGCCUCGCCUAUCACCAUCUGAGUGAUUUCAAAAAAGCAAUCGAGUUCAAUCAGCUGGCUCUAAAAAUCGCAAAAGAUACUGGAAACAAAGAUCAAGAAGGAACUAUAUAUAACAACCUUGGCAGUGCCUAUCAGUCUCUCAGUGAGUUCAAAAAAGCAAUCGAGUUUUAUCAGCUGGCUCUAAAAAUCGCAAAAGAUACUGGAAACAAAGAUCAAGAAGGAACUAUAUAUAACAACCUUGGCAGUGCCUAUCAGUCUCUCAGUGAGUUCAAAAAAGCAAUCGAGUUUUAUCAGCUGGCUCUAAAAAUCGCAAAAGAUACUGGAAACAAAGAUCAAGAAGGAACUAUAUAUAACAACCUUGGCAGUGCCUAUCAGUCUCUCAGUGAGUUCAAAAAAGCAAUCGAGUUUUAUCAGCUGUCUCUAAAAAUCGCAAAAGAUACUGGAAACAAAGAUCAAGAAGGAACUAUAUAUAACAACCUUGGCCGUGCCUAUGAGUCUCUCAGUGAGUUCAAAAAAGCAAUCGAGUUUUAUCAGCUGGCUCUAAAAAUCGCAAAAGAUACUGGAAACAAAGAUCAAGAAGGAACUAUAUAUAACAACCUUGGCCGUGCCUAUGAGUCUCUCAGUGAGUUCAAAAAAGCAAUCGAGUUUUAUCAGCUGGCUCUAAAAAUCGCAAAAGAUACUGGAAACAAAGAUCAAGAAGGAACUAUAUAUAACAACCUUGGCAGUGCCUAUCAGUCUCUCAGUGAGUUCAAAAAAGCAAUCGAGUUUUAUCAGCUGGCUCUAAAAAUCGCAAAAGAUACUGGAAACAAAGAUCAAGAAGGAACUAGAUAUAACAACCUUGGCAGUGCCUAUGACUCUCUCAGUGAAUUCAAAAAAGCAAUCGAGUUUUAUCAGCUGGCUCUAAAAAUCGCAAAAGAUACUGGAAACAAAGAUCAAGAAGGAACUAUAUAUAACAACCUUGGCAGUGCCUAUCAGUCUCUCAGUGAGUUCAAAAAAGCAAUCGAGUUUUAUCAGCUGGCUCUAAAAAUCGCAAAAGAUACUGGAAACAAAGAUGGAGAAGGAACUAGAUAUAACAACCUUGGCAGUGCCUAUGAGUCUCUCAGUGAGUUUAAAAAAGCAAUCGAGUUUUAUCAGCUGGCUCUAAAAAUCGCAAAACUUACUGGAAACAAAGAUGGAGAAGGAACUAUAUAUAACAACCUUGGCAAUGCCUAUCAGUCUCUCAGUGAGUUCCAAAAAGCAAUGGAGUUUAAUCAGCUGGCUCUAAGAAUCGCAAAAGAUACUGAAAACAAAUAUCAAGAAGCAGCUGUAUAUAACAGCCUUGGCGUCGUAAAUCAGUCUCUCGGUGAUUUUAAUAAAGCGAUCGAGCUUUAUGAGCUGAGUCUAAGAAUCCAAAAAGAUAUUGGGAUGAAAAAUGGAGGGGGACCUACAUAUAUAAACCUCGGCGAUGUCUAUAAGCGUCUCGGUAAUUCCAAAAGAGCGAUGGAAUUUUGUCAGCUAGCCACAAGUAUAGCAAAGGAGACUGGAAACAAAGAUGUUGAACAAUGCGGAUAUGAUAGACUUGCUCAAGUUCUUUGGUGUCUUGACGAGUACUCCAAAGCCGAGGAGUGUUUUAAAUCCUGUAUUGAACUGGUAGAGGAAAUGAGAGUCCUUCUGGAAGGAAACGACGAGUGGAAAAUCAGCUUUCGGAAUGAACGUGAUUGCGUUAGUCGUUUAGUUAGACUACAGUUACAGCAACGCAGUGAACGUAAGACACUCGAGGCGCUUUUAACAGCUGAGAGGGGACGAGCAGAAGCUCUUAUGGACCUCUUGGAAUCGCAAUAUGGUGUCAGGAAAUCGAUUCGUUCACAGCCGAAACAGCAGAUGGAACUUAUCAUUUCAAACCAUAUUUCCUCACCCACGUUAUUUCUAAUGAACGAUACCCAGUCAGUGAAUAUCUGGAUGCUGUUAAAGUGGGGAAAGCUUUGUGACUUUGUGCAACAGGAAGUUAGCAGUGAUGACUUGACAUCAAUGACUUACCAAACAUACAAACAGAUUGGUGUGAACAAAAGCCUGUGGAAAAAGAUUCGCCCCCAGCUGCAGAGAGAGAUCGAAGACCAGGGUGGUGCUUUAAAAGUAUUAUACGACAUAUUCAUCGCUCCAAUUUCACACUCGAUAGGUGACGAACUCGUCAUUGUCCCUGACGGUUCAUCGUUCUUGAUUCCUUAUGCUGCCCUCGUGGACCAAAACUCCAUGUAUUUAAAUGAAACGCGUAGAAUUAGAUUGAUUCCAUCACUGACAAGCUUAUGGCUGCUGGCAGAAUGUCCGGAGGACCGCCAUAGUUCAUCCGAGGCUCUACUUGUUGGCAAUCCGUGGGUGGAAACUGUACGCAUCAAAGGCUGCAAACCGUUUCCGCAGCUUCCAGGUGCUGAGGAAGAGGUAAAAGUGAUUGGGCAAAUUCUAAACAUCGAGCCUCUCACCGGAAAGAACGCCACAAAAGAUCGGGUUUUAAGCGGGCUCAACUCGGUUUCGUUAGUGCACAUAGCAGCUCAUGGUCGUACAGAAACCGGAGAAAUCAUUUUGUCUCCUAAUUUUUCUAGUAGUGCCAAAAGACCUAAAGAGAAAGACUUUCUUUUGACGAUGGCAGAUGUGUUGGAUGCAAAAGUGCGCGCCAAGCUUGUUGUCUUAAGCUGCUGCAACAGUGGGCGAGGAAAUAUCAAAGUCGAAGGAGUGGUUGGUAUUGCACGUGCCUUUUUAGGAGCCGGUGCGCGUUCUGUUAUUGCCACACUGUGGGCGAUUGAUGACGAAGCCACUCUUGCGUUUAUGAAACACUUUUACGAACAUUUAGUAGCAGAGCAAAGUGCAAGUAAGUCCCUUCAACAGGCCAUGAAAUGGAUGAGGGAGUCGGAAAAAUUCAAUGCCGUGAAGCACUGGGCUCCAUUCGUGCUGAUCGGUGAUGACGUGACAUUGAAUUUCGGUCAAUGA